AUGGGCGAGAAACUGUCUCAGAUGAAUGAUGUCCUUCAGUCCAUAUUCUCUGGUGUGGAUGAGGAUACGGUAGUGUUUGUGUUUGGGGACCACGGGAUGACGACGUCAGGUGAUCACGGAGGAGAGACUGAGCUGGAGACCACUGCUGCUCUCCUUGUCUUCACACCCUCCCCCCUCUUCCCUCCUAUACAGGACACAGGAAGACCCGUCUACCAGAUAGACAUUGUCCCCACCGUGUCCCUCCUGCUAGGGAUCCCUAUUCCAUUCUCAAACCUGGGAAUGAUCAUUCCCGAGCACUCGGAGGAUUUCCCAUCCGACGUGUACGUCGAUCUCCAGAACAAGUUCACCACAGCCCAGAGACUCCACAGGGAGCUAAGAGCCCACCCUAGACCCAGCCAAGAGGAUCUGAGUACGGUUGCAAGUCACUACAUACACUACAUGAGGGAGGUGAAGACAAUGUGCCACAACGUGUGGGCUAAAUUCGACGAUUUUCACAUUAAUCAGGGGGUCGUCCUCUUUUCUUUCACCGUGUUCCUGACGCUUCUUUCUCUCUUUGACCUCGACUUUUCAGUGGCGAGUCUUGGAAAGAGUUUCAAAUUUUCUCUCUUACUUGGUGUCUCGCUUUCUCUAGUAAGUAUGGUAGUUUAUCCUUUACCACUGGAGUUUGGUGUUGCUAGUAUCAUGAACGUGACUCUCUCGCUCUCUUUCUAUCCACUACUGCUUUAUGUGGUCCUCCAUUUCCUACUCCUCAGCCACCAUAUUAUGUACACACUUGUCAAGGAGAGAUACGUUUUCGAGCAGGUUUUCUUGUUUUUCAGUCGGCUGUCAUUCACCUAUGUGUUUGGAGCAGUGGUGGCUAUCGGCUGUGGUGUAUCGCUUGCUUCAAACAGUUUUAUUCUCUACGAAGGAGAUAUGACAGUGUUUUUUCUGCAGUCCAUGCUGAUAUGCUUUGUGGUACAGAGAGCACAGUCCCUUAGUGGAGAGUAUAUCCCUGUAAUACCAUCUUCAUCAAGUGGCAAAAAAGAGGAGAACAUUUUCUUGGAGAAAAAAUUUUCGAUGAGGUUAGUUCUGAGCGAGGUCUGGCCUCUAGUGGUGGCUAUGGUACUAGUUAGACUGACAAAGGCUUUCCAUGCCUGUCGGGACCUGCGAGUAGGGUGUGAGGCGACCUCGUUCAUCCAGCCGUAUCACGGAGUAGCUGAGACCCUGGGUGCUCUAGCAGACACUCGCCUUGCCCUCUCCUGUCUCGGUGUUGUGGGUGUCCCUCUAGCUCUCGCCUGGUGGGUCAGAUACAAUGGACACUCUGGGAAACUAGGAGUUCUGCGGCAGGUCUGUGUGUACCUGGGUCUACCUCUGUCUUCACUGUGCGUGUGUGGGUUCUGGCUUAUUCAGAGUCUCCCACAGCCUAUUCUUGACUCUCUACCUCACUGGCAGCACGUGUCCCUCCCUAGAAUAGUGUACACUAUAUCUCUAUCUACUAUUGGAGUGUCUAUCUUUGCUCCACUGAGGAAAAGUAGCAGUAGUAGGGAAAGAGAUAGUGUGAAACAAAGCAACUUACCAAGUGGUGAUGGCAGGAGACUCAGAAGUGAAAUAACUGUCAGACAAAGCUUGGAGAGAGGUGAUACUGCUAGCUUGAAGAAAGGUGACGGUUUCAAACUUCAAGAUGUUGAGUCGGAGAAAGUUGAAGAUGUUAGUUUGAAGAGGGUUGGUGGAGAGGUGGUGAGUCUCCCAGUAUCAGUACAGUUGGUGAUGGUCCCAGUGUUAGUGGCACUGUGGCUCCCUCUGGCUAUGGUUCUCAACGAUGGAGUGGCCCUCUCUGCUGUCCUGCUGGCUCUCCAGGUCUACCUGGUCCUCUCUGGACUCUGCCACAGUCAAGAGCGCUCGUGGCCUGUUGUCGUUCUGUGGGGACUGACAAGCAGUCAGUCUUUCUUUGGGUUUGCCCACCAUGCCACGGUCACCAGUCUGCGGUUUGAUGCGGGCUUUGUGGGGCUGCGUGGAGAGAUGUCGGGGUUCUAUCUGCUGUUUGCUGGCCUGCUUGUCGGGUUCAACAUGCUUGGCUCGCAAGUGUUGCUGGGUCUGGGUCUAUUACCUCUGCUGCCGCUGUCGUUGUCUGUGAGUAAAACUCCCACCAACAGACUUCUACUGACGACCGCUCUUCAAUACAUUCUCUUUCACUCUUUCAAGACCCUGAUGACUAUGUUGACAGCCUCUCUCCAGAGAAGACACCUGAUGGUGUGGGGAGUGUUCAGUCCUCGGUUGCUCUACGAGGCUGCCUUCCUGGGUGUCACCCACACCUCCGUCCUCCUCUCCCUCCUCAUCACCUCCUCACUCAUCACACCCUCACCUUCCACCCCUCCCAGGACACAGCAGUCUUCAUAA